CGCGCGCGCACGCAUUCGCCCGCACGCGCCGAUCGCACGCAUGCACGCACGCACGCGUUCUCAAGUGUGAUGCAGUGAUUCUUUACAUUGUGAUACAUCCUAUUGCUACGUGUGAUAACACUGCUUAAAUAUUUUUUUGAUCGCCAGAUAGCUGUGUCUGAGAUCCACUCAAGAUUCGGAACGAUUCAACACACAACGUUGACAAUACGACAACGAAUUUAAAUACACAAGACUGAAAAAAUGGAAUACUCAAGAAUCAUGCUGCUAGCCGUAGUAUUGCUGGCGAUGGCGAGCCACAGUCAGGGCGCUCCGCGGAGAUCGCGAGCAGCCGCCUUGCAGACAGAGGAACCCACCACUGUCCGUGAGAACAAACUACAGGACGAGUUCAAGGAAGUCACCACCACCACAGAAGCACCAAUCACCAGUAGAAGGAACAAAGCCCUCAACCUCUUCGGCUUCUAUCCUUCCUUCCUAUCGUCCGGUAUAGACUACAACGAAGACGACGAUGACAUCAACUUCACAGUAAACGAUGACAACUUCGAAGAAGAGGAUCUUUCCCGAACGAUCCCCACGAGACGCCGACAGCAGAACAAGAAGAAAAACGGCAACGGAGACUAUCAGAAUGGUAACAUGAACUCUCUGCAAUACGAAAACUCGCCUAUCUUCUACAUCAGGCUGCCUCCCACACCUUACAUGUUUGUACCUGGUUUGGGAUACGUGUCUCAGCCCCCGAGUCUCGGACCUCCAAUGGCACCAAUGCUGCCCCAGCCUCCCCAAGUCGCCGACCCGUUCAUAAACCUCCCUAUCGACUUCGUGUCCAAUGGAAAACCAACUGGAGUAUACCAAUGGAGUGGUGCCCCUGCUUACCCACAAAUGCCCUCCGUCGAUCCAUUCGGAUACGGACCUCAACCUAUGAUGCCACAAAGGCCAAGUUACAAUGUACCGUCAUACUCGCCACCCAAACCCAAACCUACUCCAUCAAACUCAAAGAUAACGAACCUUAAAGGUCAAUAUGUGUUCAACGGGAAGCCAGGAGACAGCGUGUACGUCAUGCGAGACACAUAUAAUUCUAUUUACUCGGACGCGCUCCAAAACUUCUACCCCUAAAGCCUGAGACGUGUAGGAUAGGAUUGUGUCUGGCUCGUAUCGAGCUGUUGUAAUUAACGAAUAUCGAGGGACCAACAUGCGGACAAAAAUAAGUAAAAGGAAAGUUAAUAACAAAGUCGAUGAUCAAUAAUUAUAAUUAAGCGAAGGAAAGUUAAUUAUCCCUCACAUGGAAGAUAACGACUUUAAAUGAAAUCUUAUAAACAAUUAUACACUGUAGCGUGAGGAUCCAAUAACUAUAACUGCCAAUUGUUGCAAUUACUUGCCAAGUAAAAAGACGAGUCGAUGACGGCUCGAAGAGUUAUGUGUAAGAUCUGCCACUUAAUGGACUUACGAAAACGGAUAUGAAUUAUACCGAAAGGAAUUUGACGGUGUAUAUUCAUUGAAACAUGUUUUAUUCAUCUAUUUAUUAUUCUAGAAAAAACAUUGUAUGUCACUAAAAUUGUAUUUAUUACCUAGGCGUUGGCAACCAAAAUACAAAAAGUUGUUUUAUAUUUAUAAAAAUAAAUUCUUAAGAGCCAAUUAACACUAAAAGAGCUGCGCCGGUAGCGUCUUUAUAUUAAAAAUAAUUUAAAAUCUUACUACUUGAGAGUUACAGUCCAAACUUAUUUGGAUGCAAAGCACAGCUUGGCUGAACAGCGACUUGCUGCUGCUACCCUUUCAGUGGUGAUUGGCCUUAAUAAAGUUUGUGAAAACCGUAAAACUGUAUGCAAUGAAUUCUAAUGGAACUUGUGAUGCCUAUCCUAGUUAUAUUUAAUUAGUCUUAUAAGAACGUACAAGCUUAUGGCCUUUAUCUUCGCUCUUAAAAUUAACAUAAUUUAAAAAUAGGAUUAAGAGGCUUGAACAUUACGAUCGAUUUGUAGACAAAA